AUGGAGGGUAUAUUGAGUUUGAGAUUCCUCAUCCUGAUGGCUGUGGUAUGUGUGGUCGUGGCACAGACUGCCACAACGAAGGAACCCAUGAGAACCACCACCGGGAAACCUAUGAAAGACUUUAAGGAGGCCACAGAUAAACGCGAUAAACGUCAAUUGGGCAGCAAUGUUGGUGCCGCCGCCAGCACCGGAGGCAAUUUCCCCAUCUUCUACGAUGGGGUCAAUGUGAAUCCUCCCCUGCAGCCGCUGCAGCCACUGCAGCCACUGCAGCCGCUACAGCCCCUGCCACCGCUCCAGCAACUGCAACCCUUGCCGCAGCUGCAGCCCAUCACCGUGGUACAACCGGGGGCCUCCAGUGGCAAUCUGCAGGGCCUGCCGCAGACCGGCUGGCUGCCCAACUUCGGACAGAACUUUGGCCAGAAUCUGCCCAUCAUUGGCACUUUGGUGGGCGGUCUGCCCAACCUGAUCAACAGCCUGGGUCUGGGCAACCUCAAUGGCGGCUUUGGCACUCUGGGCGGCAUCAAUCUGGGCAAUCUGGGCAACCUGGGCCUGGGCGGACUGACCCCAGUGGUGGCGACACCCGUACCCGUGCCCGUACCCAUCACCGGUGUCAGUCCCAGCAAUCAACAAUGCCCGCUCACCCAGAAGCUCAGCUGCCGCUGCGAGCCACUCAUCCAGCUGCCCGGCCUGAAGCCCAGCUCCCAGCUCCGUGGACCCCAGUCCCAGUCCCAGUCGCAGUCGCAGACGCAGCUGGUUCAGAUCCUCAGGCAGAACGUGCGCCGCAACGAUGAUGGGUCCCAGGAGCUGCGCGUCAUCCUCAGCAGCGGGCAUGUGGUCUACCAACGUACUGCGAAGGAUCUCGGCCAGAGCGGCUACUUUGCCAUGAGGAUCCAGACGGGGCGGUACUUCAACAUUUACUACACUGUCAACGACAAGGAGUACACGGUGAGGGCCGACGUCAAGGACGCGCCACCCAGCUCCGAUUUCGAUGAGGGGCUCAGUGGACAGAUCUAA